GGUAGCCCUGACCCCAAGCGCACCCAGCCCCAGAGGCGACAGACGAUCGACCAAUUGGGCUACGAAGAACCUUGCUACGCCCCCGUCUCGGUUCUUAUUGGUCCCUUCAGAGACACUGCCCCCCACUAUGUCCGUCUCGGAUUGGCUGCGUUCGUGAGUCCUGUGGACAGCCGAGACGGAGAGAGCCUGUGGAAAGACCGAGGGUCCCGAGGGGUUGGGGGCUUUGGGGGUCGGCAGGUAGCUUGGGAUUGCUCAGAAGCCUCGGGACUGGGGACAUGGGGCCGCCCUUCGGGGCUGUGGCGCUGCUGGUGGCGGAGAGGAACCAAUGGCGGCAUCUGCCGGGCCUGUUGAUGCGGGGGAGAUGGAUUUGGAGACAAAGAACUGUGAAAUAUUCAUCAACUGGAAGAAGCAACAUCACCAAGGUCCUUAUUGCAAAUAGAGGAGAAAUUGCUUGCAGAGUAAUACGAACAGCCAGGAAAAUGGGCCUGCAGUCUGUGGCUGUCUACAGUGAGGCUGACCGGAACUCCAUGCACGUGGAGAUGGCAGAUGAAGCAUACUCCAUUGGCCCAGCUGCCUCACAGCAGAGUUACCUCUCCAUGGAAAAAAUCAUUCAAGUGGCCAAGGUUUCAGCAUCACAGGCUAUUCAUCCAGGGUAUGGUUUCCUCUCAGAAAACACCGAAUUUGCAGAGUUGUGUAAACAAGAGGGAAUCAUUUUCAUAGGGCCCCCUUCAUCUGCUAUCAGAGAUAUGGGAAUUAAGAGCACAUCCAAGGCAAUCAUGUCUGCUGCUGGGGUUCCUAUUAUUGAAGGUUACCAUGGGGAAGAUCAAUCAGAUCAAUGCCUGAAGGAACAUGCUGAAAAAAUCGGUUACCCAAUAAUGAUUAAAGCAGUUCGUGGUGGAGGUGGAAAAGGCAUGAGGAUAGCUAGAUCAGAAGAAGAGUUUCAAGAACAGUUAGAGUCAGCAAGGAGAGAAGCGAAGAAGUCUUUCAAUGAUGAUGCCAUGCUGCUAGAGAAGUUUGUGGACACUCCAAGGCAUGUGGAAGUUCAAGUGUUUGGGGACCAACACGGCAACGCCGUGUACUUGUUUGAGAGGGACUGCAGUGUACAGAGAAGGCACCAGAAAAUCAUUGAGGAGGCUCCAGGGCCUGGAAUUGAUCCUGAAGUAAGAAGGAAGCUUGGGGAAGCUGCAGUGAAAGCUGCCAAGGCUGUCAAUUACGUGGGUGCUGGAACUGUAGAGUUCAUCAUGGACUCAAACCACAACUUCUACUUCAUGGAGAUGAACACGAGGCUGCAGGUGGAGCAUCCUGUUACCGAGAUGAUCACAGGGACUGACUUGGUGGAAUGGCAGCUCCGGAUUGCUGCAGGAGAGAAGCUGCCUCUGAGUCAAGAAGAAAUAAGACUGAAAGGCCAUGCCUUUGAAGCAAGAAUAUAUGCAGAAGACCCUCAGAACAAUUUCAUGCCUGGAGCAGGACCCCUCAUACACUUGUCUACACCACCCCCAGAGCCCAGCCUUAGGAUUGAAACUGGAGUGAGGCAAGGUGAUGAAGUGUCAGUGCACUAUGACCCCAUGAUUGCAAAACUCGUUGUCUGGGCUUCCGACCGCCAAGCAGCAUUGAAGAAACUUCAGUACAGCCUUCACCAAUACAAUAUCACAGGAUUGAGCACCAACAUCGACUUCUUACUGAGUCUUUCCAGACACCCCGAGUUUGAAGCUGGCAACGUGCAUACAGAUUUUAUCCCACAACACUACCAUGACUUGCUCCCCUCUCCGGGUGCCACGGCCAAAGAGGUUUUAUGUCAAGCCGCUCUGGGACUCCUCCUCCAGGAGAAAGUUGUGACCGACGCUUUCAGAGUUCAGACAGAGGAUCAGUUCUCACCUUUUGCAUCCAAUAGUGGAAGAAGACUGAAUUUCUCUUACACCAGAAACCUGACUCUUCAGGACGGGAAAAAUAAGGUGACCAUAGCUGUCAAGUACAACCGGGAUGGGUCCUACACCAUGCAGAUUGAAGAUAAAACUUUCGAAGUCCUCGGUGACCUUUGUAAUGAUGGAGACUGCACAUACCUGAAAUGUUCCAUUAAUGGUGUUGUUAGUAAACCUAAACUGAUUAUCUCAAAGAACACCAUUUACCUGUUUUCCAUGGAAGGCAACGCUCAGAUUGGCAUCCCAAUGCCUAAAUAUUUAUCUUCAGCAAGUACUGAAGGAGUACGGGGGAGUACCCUGGCACCAAUGACUGGGACAAUUGAGAAGCUGUUUGUGAAAGCUGGAGACAGAGUAAAGACUGGAGACAUCUUGAUGGUUAUGAUUGCCAUGAAAAUGGAGCAUACAAUUAAGUCCCCAAAGGACGGCACGAUCAAGAAAGUUUUCUUCAAAGAAGGUUCUCAGGCCAACAGACAUGCGGCAUUAAUUGAGUUUGUGGAGGAAGAAUCAGAUGAAACUGAAUCCAAAUUGAAUCCAGGCAGGAGAUCUGAUGCUAAAUAAUUUCUUACUUGUCUGCACCAAAUACAAAGUGCCUUCCUACUUCCCUAGGAGCCAUGACAAGCAGGACUUUUAUUCAUCAGUAUUUUGGUUUCCGUUGCUCUUUUAUAGUGAAAAUCAUGCACUUGAGCCCUCAACAUUAUAAAAUGUCAAAAAUAUUUUAAAUUUAUAAAAAUUAAGCUAAAUUUGUAUAACCAGAAAGGGAAACAGCUUCACAUUUUUCAUUUUGUAGACUUUUGAGUGAGGGAGGCAGGUCAAAAUGGAAAGAAACUGAAUGAGAAUAAAGUGCUGUCCUUCAAAAUUGUCAGACCACUUCAGAUCCUUCCAAACGACGUUAGCCAGCUUCUAUGUGGCUUGCUCAGGGUCAUGUUCUCUCCAUCAGAUAGCUGCUUAUUUACAUUAAAAAUAGGAUGAUUUCUUUUCUCUCUUUGUGAUUUGCAGCCUUCCAUUCAGACAUCUUACCUUUCCCUUACUCAUUGUACUUCCUGUGUUUCUUAAAAUACAAAUACAUUUGAACCGAUUUUGGAUCUGAGUGAACAGCUGCCAGACAAGGUCACAAACCCUGGCCGUCGCCCCAUUCCCCAAUAAUUCUUCCACUUUACAAUCUCAUGUUUUAUUUUGGAGUAUUUCAAAACAGGAAAAAUGGUAAAAUAUUAUUUCUAAUGUAAUGAUUAUUUAAUCAGCAACUAUUGAAAAUACGUAUUUCUCUUAAGGAAGGAUCUGGGAAAUACUAGAUUAGGAGACUGGAGAUCUGGUCUAGUCCUGACUCUGCCACUACUAUCUCACUGAUUUCUCUGAGUCUUAGUCCUAUCUCCAAAUUGAAAGGGCCAGAUUAAUGAUUUCUGAUGUUCCCCCAAUGCUAAUCUCCCUUCAUUUUUGUCCUUUGCCUCUUUAUAAAUGGUCUCGUUUUGUCUGCAUCAUUGGCCAAAGUGACCUUUCUGUUUUUCUGAUUCCUGGGCAUUUUACACAUGUCAUUCUCUGUAUCUGUCCUGUAGUAAUUUUCUAAGAAGUUGACUGAGUCUUGGGGAGAAAAUGGUAAGCUAUUAAAUGUUGCAAAUAUCGUU